AUGGCCCAGACAUUCGUUAUGCGAGGGGUUGAAGGCAAGGUGAAGAAGACACCGGCCGAGAUCCCCGAGCUCAAGCCCAACGAAGUCCUCGUCAAGAUCACCCACAGCGGCCUCUGUGGCACCGAUUUGUACUACAUAGAUCCCGGCUGUGCUCUGGGUCAUGAAGGCGUCGGCAUCGUUGAGAAAGUUGGGAAUGCAGUGACUGCCCAUAAGAUUGGUGACAGAGUGGGUGGAGGAUAUCUUAGAAGUAGCUGUGGCCGGUGCAAAUACUGCCUCACCGGCAGAGACAUCAUGUGCUACAACAGAGACGUCUUCGGCUUCGCAGGCUUCAGUAACGGCACCUUCGCGACCUAUUACGUCGCGACAGAAGGAUACGUCUAUCCCAUCCCCGAAUCCAUGCCCUCGGAAAUCGCAGCACCUCUUCAAUGCGCUGGCGCCACGGUCUACUCGGCCCUAAACACAUACUACCAGACAGGCAUGCGCGUCGGUGUGCUGGGUAUCGGCGGGCUGGGCCACUUGGCGAUCCAAUUCGCCGCAAAAAUGGGAGCGCCGACCACGGUUUUUAGCACGAGCCCCAGCAAAGACAAAGAGGCACGCGAUUUCGGAGCCUCGGAGUUCGUUGUGCUUGGGCAGGAGGACAAGUUGGAGGCCCCUGUUGAUGUGUUGCUGAUUACGGCCUUCAAGGCUCCCAAUUGGUCGACGCUCAUGAGCGAGAAAGUCGUGGCCAGAGGUGCAUCCAUCGUGGUACUGGGAGCCAUCGGCACGACCUUGGAGUUCCCAUUCUUCCCGUACUUCUUCAACUGCUACAACUUGGUGACCAACCUGGUGGCGUCUCGCGCCACACACGCGGAAAUGCUCGCUUUCGCCGCCCACCACGGCGUCAGGCCUCUGAUCGAGGAGUUUCCGAUGGACGAGGCCGGUGUGGCGGAGGCCCUGGCGAGACUGCAACAGGGCAAGGUCAGGUAUAGGGCUGUGUUGAAGGCGUGA